GGUCUCGAAAACAGAAAGAAAUUCGGAGAACAGCACGCAUUUACGUCGCCAUUCCCAGCAAACCGGAUAUUCUUAUUCGUAAUUAUCGCAUGGUGCAGUUAUUUGCAUCAAGUAUCGUGUGUUCUGCGAAAUUUACCGAAAAGAAGCGGCAUCCUCAAACAGCGCGGCACGCCGCCGCCGAGUUAGUGGGACAGGAAGGUGAAGCAGGAGGUGGUGGUGGAGGAAGAGGAGUAGAGGCAGAGCCGUAGCAGCAAGAACAAAACGAUGGCCGACGGCAGGGAUCCGCUCGGCCGAGAACGAAUGCGUGGCGCCAUAAACCCAAGUCAUGGAUCACGGUCUCCGUACGAGGCUCGUGGCGGUCAUCCGCCACCGGUUCGUUACGGUUCGAGUUCCGCGCCAGCUCCAUCAGCGGGGCCGGCCUAUCAAACGCCAGAGAGACGCCCGGGAUGGGUACCGCCACCGUCUGGAGGAGGAGGAGCGCCUGGUGGAAGAGGACCACCACCGAGUUCAGGUUCCGGAGAUGGUCCAGCGCGAGGUGCGCCGAAUGAACCUCGCCACCACUACACCUCGUCCACCGGUGCUGGAGAUGCCGGUGCAUCGACGAGUCGAGAACCACCAGGUGGUCCUGGUGGAUCACGUGGCCCUGUCGGUCUGGGCGGUAAACCAAUUCGUCGGCGUCCCUUAGCAGAUACACUGAGGACACGGCUCCCCGACUCUAAAUCGAAGCAUGGUUCAACGGGGCAACCACUGUCGCUUCAGUCGAAUUAUUUUAAGCUCGUGAAACGUGUAGACUGGACGCUAAGCCACUACUCGGUCAACAUUGUGCCACCUUGCCCUAGCCCGCGCCUAAUGCAAUCGCUGGUAAACGAGCAUAAGGCCAUCCUGGGUGGUUUCGUGUUCGAUGGAGCCAAUCUCUUCACCGGCUCCAAGCUGCCCAGUGAGGAGUUGGUUCUGCAUUCAAAGCACGAUCGUACGGGGGAUAAGUACGAGCUGCACAUCGAACGAGUGGCGACGGUCGACAUGACCGGCGAAACCGGAAUACAGGUGCUUAACCUGAUCUUACGCCGUGCCAUGAAUGGGCUUAACUUGCAGUUGGUAGGACGCAAUCUGUACGAUGCGGCUGCGAAAAUUCCUAUACGCGAAUAUCACAUCGAGCUGUGGCCAGGCUAUAUCACUAGCAUACGACAGCACGAGGCCGAUGUGCUGGUAUGCUGCGAAAUAGCGCACAAAACGAUGCGGAUGCAGACGUGCUACGACAUUCUGCGCGAAUGUCAGCGUCACGAUCGCAAUUACAAGGAUGCGUUCAAGAAGGCGGUGCUUGGAUGUGUAGUGCUUACGGGCUACAACAACAAAACGUACACUAUCAACGACGUCACGUUUGAUACGACACCGGAAAGCACAUUUGACACCAAAAAUGGGCCCAUAUCCUUCAUGGAAUAUUACAAAAAUAAGUACAACAUCCGCAUCCGCGAUGCCUUCCAGCCGAUGCUGUUGUCACGUGCGAAGAAGAAGGACGCCCGAUCGGGAGACAACGAGCUAAUGGCUCUCGUGCCUGAGCUCUGCCAGAUGACAGGACUAACGGAUGCGAUGAGAUCCGAUUUCAAAAUGAUGAGAGCAAUGGCAGACCAUACUCGCCUGAAUCCGGAUAGACGAAUUGAACGACUGGAAACGUUUAACCGACGUUUACAGACGUCUCCGGAAAGCCAAGAAGUAUUCCGUGUGUGGAAAAUGGAGCUAGAUCGACGACUAGUUGAUGUGCCGGGCCGUCUGUUACCUCAGGAGAUGAUAUUCUUCUCCACUACCUCCACCGGUGUUCAGGCUGGCGACAAUGCUGAUUGGACGGCGCACUUCCGGGACAAUCCGAUGUUUGCUACGGUACGGUUGAGCCGCUGGUAUCUGGUCGUACCGGGACGUUGUCAGCGGGAGGCGAACGAUUUCCUCGGCUGCAUGAUCAAGGCGGCCCGAGGUAUGCGUUUUGAGAUUAGUAAUUGCGAGAUCAUUCCCAUGGCGGAUGAUAAUCCUAACACGUAUAUGCGCACUCUGGAUAACAUCAUAAAUAAGGAUCCGCAGAUGAUCAUGUGCGUGGUCGCAAACAACAAAUCAGAUCGCUACACCGCGAUCAAGAAAAAGUGUUGCGUUGACCGAGCCAUCCCGACGCAGGUGAUGGUUCAGAAGACUAUCACCCCGAAGACGGGCAAUAUCCGGACACUGAUGUCGGUCGCAACAAAGGUGGUGAUACAGAUGAACUGUAAGCUAGGCGGUGUUCCCUGGAAAGUGAAAAUCCCACUAAACGGGCUUAUGACCAUUGGGUUCGAUGUGUGCCACGAUUCGAAGGACAAGAGCAAAUCGUUCGGUGCGAUGGUGGCCACGCUCGAUCACGACAACCGUGGGACACCCAAAUUUUUCUCCACCGUCAGCCACCACUCGAGCGGCGAGGAAAUCUCGACCUACCUGCCACUGAACACGGUCAAGGCGCUGAACGAGUAUCGGCGCGAGUUCGGCGAGCUGCCGAAGCGCAUAAUCUUCUACCGGGACGGCGUUAGCGAGGGUCAGCUACAGUAUAUUUACGAGCACGAGGUACGCUCGCUGGUGGACAAGCUCGGUCAGAUAUACCGGUCGGCUGGCAUCGAGCAGGAAGUGCUGCUGACAUUUUUCAUCGUCAAUAAGCGCAUCAAUACUCGCUUCUUUGAUCAGCGACUCAAUCCACGCCCCGGAACGGUAGUCGACAAUGUUGUCACGCUUCCACAACGAACCGACUUCUACCUCGUUUCGCAGUCAGUGAAGCAGGGCACGGUCUCACCCACUGCUUACAAUAUCGUGUGGGAUUCGUCAAAUCUCAAAAUUGAUCAUCUCCAGAUGCUGUCGUACAAGCAGUGCCACUUGUACUACAAUUGGUCCGGAACGACGCGCGUCCCGGCAGUAUGUCAAUACGCGCACAAACUAUCGUUCCUCGUUGGCCAGUACCUGCACCAGGCGCCCAGUAGUUUGCUGGAGAAAAAACUGUACUUCCUGUAACUGUAGAAGAGCAGCGAGAUAGAGUAGAAUUAGAGGGUGAACCAAAAAGCAGGGGGUGGGAAAACCAUAAGUGGCUGAACGAGCAACAAACUGCUUGCAGACCGAUCGAUCGGCUGCAGCUAGCUAGCAAUCGGUUUGAUCAACUGUCAUUAAAACAACAGACAACUGGAGUCCCUUUUUUGUAGAGGUUAUUUGACUAUUUUUUGUGGUGUUGUUUUGACACCAAUAAUUAACGAAUGAAUUAUUGAUGAAGUAGGCCCGGAAACCAAUGGCACUACGCAACAAACGGCCAAGUGCGAAUAAACCAGACUUUAUCCUCUCAAACGCUUUAUUCGGUUUUGUUUUCUAACCAAUCAUAACGCUCUUACCGGUGAUUUAUGCAGAUUUUGUUUUGUGCUCGUCUAAA